AUGCUCAGGACAGCACGAGCACGGGCACGAGCAGCACUGCGGCGACCAGCACCGCCGUCGACGAGCCACCGCAGGCCGGCAAGCUCUUUCCCCGGCGCCUCUCCUCCUCCCCCGCCUCCCCCUCCUCCGCCUCGGGUCUACAUCCAGCCUGCGACCAUCUACCCGUUCAUCCUCCUGUCCAUCAUCACCUCGCUCGCCCUCAACCUCGGCCACCAGCGCACCGCCCGCGACACCGAGGCCGCCCGGUACCGCGCCCAGCUCUCGGUCCUCGAGUCGCUCCUCGCGCGAGCGACCGCCACAGCCCGCCCGCUGUCUGAGCGCGACCAGGACGACAUCGAGCGCGAGCUCGAGCUCGUCGGGCUCGGCAGGGGCAGGGACAAGGCUGUCGUCGGCGCCGAGACGAGCGUGCGCGAGGCGACGAGCUGGACAGAGGUCUUCUUCGGCAAGAAGGGCAAGGCGUACGAGCAGGUCAAGGACGACACCGACUGGGACAAGGUCUUCCGCGAGGCCGACGAGGCCGAGAAGAUCCGGCAGAGCGCGCCACCGCCGGCCGUCGUCCCUGCAGCUUCCUCUCCCGCCCUUUCGCCUCCUCCCCCUCCCGCAAAGCCAACCUCGAAGGCUGUCUACCUGUAGCCCUGUCGUGCAACCCGCAGCAUCUUCCGGC